AUGGCGGCGGAGAGGGAGAGCCCCCGGUCGGCGCCCCGGCGUGCGGCGGCGUCGGCGGCGGCGACAGCCAAGGACGGCGGUGGCCUUCUCAGUCCUCGCUUCCGGUCGGCCGCCGCGCUGGCCGGGUGGGACGAGGAGUCCCUCCUCCACGCGGCGCUCGUCGUCGAGGACACCCCCGUCCGCGAGUCCCGCCGCAGGAGGCGGUCCUCCUCCUCCGCCUCCGCCGGCGGCGGUGGUGGAGGGAGCGCCGGAUCGAACACCAGGAAGAGGAGGAUCCGGAGGCAGCCGCCAGGAUCGAUCCCUGCUGUGGUUCUUUCUCUCGACGACGACGACAAGAAGCCCGAUGUUGUGCCAGAUGGCAAGAAGGAGGUAAAGGAGGAGGAAGAGAAGUCUGUCGUCGUUGGGGAGAAGGAAGCCUCGUCCGAGAAAGCAGCGGCCACCAGCGAGCUGCCCUGUAUGGAUCGCCUCCGGGAGGAGCUCUCUUGCGCUAUCUGUUUGGAGAUCUGCUUCGAGCCCAGCACCACGCCGUGCGGUCAUAGCUUCUGCAUGAAAUGCUUAAAACAUGCCGCAGCCAAGUGUGGAAAAAGGUGUCCUAAGUGCCGGCAAUUAAUCAGCAAUUCAAGAUCUUGUGCAGUCAAUACAGUCCUCUGGAACACCAUCCAGCUGCUAUUUCCUAGUGAAAUCGACGCAAGGAGGACUUCGGUUACUUCAUCCUCAGAAAACAACGACGACGUGGUGCAAGGUGGCAUGAGAAGUAGCAGCUCCAAUGGCAUCAGUUACAUCACACAACGCAGCACAAGAAGCAGCAGCACCGGCACUGCCACCAGGAGUUUCAUAACACCAGGCAGCAGAAGAAGCUUCAACCCCAGUGGCAGUGGCAGCAGCACAGCAGGCAGAGGCUUUGUCAGGGCUUCACAGCUGGUCCCUGGUGCCAGGGCUGUCUCGGUGAGAACAGACCAAUCUGAUGAUGACGCUUCACUGGCUUACAGGCUGCAGCAGGAGGAGUUCAUGACGGCUUUCGAGAGCGAGGGGGAGAGGCAGCCACCACGGAGCAGCAGCAGCAGCAGCGCAGUGUCCGCGGCUCGAGCAAAUUUGAGGGCUAUGGCCUCCCGGGCCAUUCGCCUCCGAGCUCGUGGCUGGCCUGUUUAGAUUUGGUUACAUGUUACCAUGUCGUUACUCGUUAGUAUUAAAUUCUAGGGUUGAAUGGGUAGCUGUAAUCUGCCGCUUAAUAAUGCUCUUCACUGUAUCACGUGGCCAUCCUUCGAUGGCACUCAUAAGGUUUAGUUUUGUAACGGUGAUAUUGACUUAUCAAGUUAACUCAACUUGUUCAGUGUGAUCCUUCAUUGCUAAUAUGAACAUCGUAGUUGGUUUAGCCUGCUAAUGUUCAGGCUUAGCUUUUAGUUCUGACAUUUCAAGUGGAAAUGGAGCAUGAAA